AUGGCUUCUCGAGAAGGGAGGCGUCGACGUGGUAAUCUUGUGCCUCUUGCUACUUUGAUCAGCAGAGAAAUGAGGAUUGAGAAGAUGGAGAAGCCAACUGUCAGAUAUGGUGACGCAGCCCAGUCUAGGAAAGGGGAGGAUUAUUUCCUGAUUAAGAUGGAUUGUCAGCGGGUACCAGGGAAUUCGUCAUCCAUAUUUUCUGUAUUUGCGGUCUUCGAUGGGCACAAUGGAAAUGCUGCAGCAAUUUAUACGAGGGAAAAUUUGUUGAAUCAUAUUCUGGGUGCUAUUCCUAAUGGUCUUGGAAGGGAGGAGUGGCUUCAAGCCUUACCUCGGGCUUUGGUUGCUGGAUUUGUGAAGACUGAUAAGGAGUUCCAGAGCAGAGGAGAAACAUCGGGCACUACAGCAACAUUUGUAAUAGUUGAUAGAUGGACUGUUACCGUUGCUUCUGUUGGAGACUCGCGCUGUAUUUUAGAUGCUCAGGGAGGUGCUGUUUCCUCCUUAACUGUUGAUCAUAGGCUUGAAGAGAAUAUGGAGGAGAGGAAAAGGGUGACUGCAAGUGGUGGGGAAGUUGGAAGGCUUAGCAUUGUUGGUGGUGUUGAGAUCGGUCCACUUCGCUGUUGGCCUGGAGGUUUAUGUCUUUCUAGGUCGAUUGGAGACAUGGAUGUUGGAGAGUUUAUAGUUCCUGUUCCAUUUGUCAAGCAAGUGAAACUAUCAAAUGCAGGUGGAAGGCUUAUAAUUGCUUCUGAUGGCAUAUGGGAUGCCCUAUCCUCAGAAAUGGCAGCAAAAUCUUGCUGUGGAUUACCAGCUGAACUUGCUGCCAGACAGGUUGUGAAGGAAGCAUUAAGGACAAGGGGGCUAAAGGAUGAUACCACCUGCAUAGUUGUUGACAUAAUUCCUCCUGACAAUUCAAUUCCUCCUUCAACUCCUCUCAAGAAACAGAACAAGCUAAGAGCCUUGUUGUUUAGGAAGAAGUCCUGUGAUUCUGCCAGCAAGCUAUCGAAGAAGCUUUCUACCAUAGGUAUAGUGGAAGAAAUUUUUGAAGAAGGCUCAGCUAUGCUAGCUGAAAGAUUAGGGAAUGAUGAUUCCACAUCGCAAUCAACAUCUGGUCUUUUUACGUGUGUUGUCUGUCAAAUUGACCUUGCUCCAAGCGAGGGCAUCUCUGUUCAUGCUGGCUCUAUCUUCUCCACCAGCUCAAAGCCUUGGCAAGGGCCUUUCCUUUGUGCUGAUUGCCGUAAUAAGAAGGAUGCCAUGGAAGGAAAACGCCCAAGUGGAGUUAAAGUGGCUUAA